CGGGCCUCUUUAAUUCCUCGUAAACUUACGAGGAAAUUGCGAGACCUCCGUAACUUAUAUAUACAACCUCACAAACCUCACACUGUCCAUUCCUCCCAACUUCCUCUCCACUUCCUCCCCAUUUCGUCUCUAACUCCUUUCCCAUUCCUCUCUCCUCCGAAAAUGGUUCGCCAGCGCAUGCUUACUGCUCACUACAGGGAGAUAUUCGGUGAGCCUGGUAGUCAGUUAGACCCGCCAGGUUCUUCUUCAGGUGCCGGCGGUUCAGGUUCUUCAGAUCAGGAGUCUGUUCCCGAGACUCAGCAUUUCUUCCCUCCGAUUCCUCCUCCGAUGGCUCAGCCUCAGCCGAUGGCUCAGCCGAUGGCUCAGCCGAUGGCUCAACCGAUGGUUCCUCCGAUGGCUCCUCCUGAGAUCCCCGCCGCUGUUCAUCCCGAUCUCAUGGUGCCACCUACUGUUCCGUUCUCGCAGUACACUGUCGAGGAUAUUCUUGGUAUGCCAGGCAGAGCUGGUUUACCAAUCAUAGACCCCGACAGACCCGACGGGACUUUAUGGUUUGGGGUUGACAAUUCCCUUGCGACAGAUGUAACCGAGACGAUUAAAGGUUACUUCUCCAUGGCGCAUCCAAACUGGAAAUUGACGCCGAUCUACAUCCGAAAGACGUGGUUCAAGAUUUACGCUCAAAAGUAUCAUUGGUCCAUCGGGGUCAGUGAGAGAGUGAGGAAGGCGUUUUACGAAAAGGCGCAAGUUCGCUUGUCGGACACGGUUUGCAACUGGAAGGGUGCCUGGAUCGUCAAGGGGUACACCCGUGGCAAACCCGCUGAGCUUACCACGGAUGUUUGGGACGGCCUCAUCCGUUACUGGAAGGAUCCUAACUCCAUUAGGAUCGCAAACAUUUGUUCUGCCGCCCGUAACACGGUAGACGAGCACGGUAACGGCCCGAUGCUACACUCUACGGGCCAAAAACCACAUGCCGGUGUCCGUUUGAAAAUGGCCAAAGAGUUGGGACGUCUCCCGACUCUUCCGGAACUUUACGAGCGGACCCACAAAAACAAGGCGGGCCAGUUUUUAGAUGGCAAGUCCGAGCAAAUCUACAACAACGUAAUUGCUCGGGUUGAGGAGCGCCAGACUCAGCUGACCCAGCAGUCCGGCGACGGAUUACCAGUUACCUUAUCCACAACUGAAGUGGAUAAGAUUUACGAGGAGGUUGUCCCUAAGAAAAAGGGACGUACGUUGGGGAUCGGUUCCGUCAAUGAUGUCCCGAGAGCGACAUCAUCUUAUGCUCAGAGACAGACCGAAGAAGUCACUCAGUUGCGUUCCGAGCUGGGCGCGACCAAAAGCCGUGUGAGUGGACUCGAAGCCUUCAUCGACGUUAUAGCGUCCACAAAUCCGGAAUGGGAAGCUUUGUUGAGGAACAUGAAACAACAAAAUCCCAUUCCAGGCGAGUCAUCGGGCACACAUAACGAGGAGGAUGUUACGAGGAGGAGCGAGGAAUUCUACGAGGCGAUGAACGAGCCUUAGUU